GAUUGUGGUCUCAUACCCAUGCAGAGGUGCAGUUAAAGCUAUAAAUAGUAACGUUCAGACUCUGUAGCAAUUAUGCGCGCGCGCGUACGGAAUGUUAAUUUACUUCCGGGUUUCAGAUUGAAGAAAAAUACAUACUCGAUCAAUUUUUUGAUGUUUAAUAUAUUGUGAUUGGCAAAUUUUUCGAUACAUUACACACACCUCAUAUUUUUCUGUUGCGUCAAAGUGAUAGCUGUCAUAAAAAUGCACAAAAUGGGCAAAUUAAAGGGUUUUGAGAUAGUUCUUAGUGAGAACAAGGCUGUGUUUCAUCCAGGUGGUAAAAUUGUUGGAAAAGUGAUAGUGGAAUUGAAAGGAGAUAUGAAAAUGAGGUCACUAAGGAUAUUCAUGAGGGGUGUUGCAAAGGUUCACUGGACGGAAUCACGAAGCACUGGUAGCAGACUUGGCUCUUACACGGAACAUUUUAAUGCUGAAGUGGAAUAUUUUUUUAAAAGACAAGUCUUGUUUGGAGGAGAAGUAUCAGAGGGCCGAGAUGUGCUAACAGAAGGAAGACAUGAAUUUAACUUUGAAUUUGACUUGCCAAUGGGAGGCAUUGCUACAUCAUUUGAAGGAAAGCAUGGUAAUGUAAGAUACUGGCUGAAAGCAGAGAUGGACAAGCCAUGGGGUUUCAACAAUAAAACAAAGAAAGCCUUUACUGUCAUCAGCCCAAUAGAUAUAAACAAGCCCGAAUAUCAGGUAUGUGUUGAAAGUAGUGUUGAGAAGACACUGUGUUGCUGGUUGUUUACUUCAGGACCCAUCUCAAUAACAGCUAGAACAGAUCGCAAGGGAUAUUGCCCAGGUGAAUCUAUAGCUAUAUCUGCAGAGUUUGACAAUCUGUCCAAGCGUACAGUGAUACCUUAUGCCACCUUAUAUCAGACACAAUCAUACUUUGCCAGUGGAAAAUCAAGAAUCAGAGAGACCAAGUUUACAGUACUCACAGGUUUACCAGUGGGACCAGGAACACGAGGAAGCUGGGACUCGCAGCUCCUCAAGAUUCCCGCCGUCUCACCUUCAAUUAUAAAUUGCUGUGUUAUGAAAGUGGAAUAUUUUGUAAAGGUUGCCCUUCACAUACCUGGUGCAUAUAAUUUGACCAUGCAUUUACCAAUCACGAUCGGAACCGUACCAUUUCGACGUGGUGUUUUCAACUUUACGGACUCAAAUUUCUACAGAGAAACACAAGCUCACUUCAGUGCCAUGACAUUUUUGGGACUACCAAACCCGCCACCUUACAGAGAGACUAUCACCCCACCACCACCUUUUGAAGACCCACCAACCUACGCAGAGAGCGUCAGUGGCGCUGUCAAUUUAUGGGAUGAAGACGAUGAUCGUAAUAAUCCUGAGGAGAAUAUGGGCGAUCUCACUUACACACCUUUGUACACGUAUGUGUACAACUACAGACCACCACCGAGUUAUACUGAAGUUGCACAGUCUGACCAAAAUGAGAUUGUGUUUCCUCCUGAUCUGGAGGUCAUUAAUGGUGGAUCUUGAUGGAAGCACCAAUACAGACUUUGAGAAAGUCAGUUUCAUUGGUUGACCAAGAUGUAAGCCUGUAUCUGAUUGGUUCAGUGGUUGCAACUUCUGUAAGAGACUUUGUGAAAGUCAAUUUCAUUGGUUGACCAAGAUGUAAACCUGUAUCUGAUUGGUUUGAAGUAGACAGCUUGAGAUUGUACUUGGUGUGACCUGCUUACUAGAGAACAAAGGAGUGCAUGUACAAAAACAAUCGCCAAUUAUGUGCCUAACGUCAUAUAGCUAGAUUGUAAGAAAAAAAUGCGCGUCUUUUGUUGUAAUAAUUUAUUUUCUGAUAAUAUACAACAUCUCUUUCAACAUUGCCAUAGUGACUGUACAUUGUAUUUGUAAGAGGUAAUGCUACUGUACAGACUUUUUGUAUGUGCUGUCCAUGACAUUUAACCAGCUAAACCGCCAUUUGCUAUUUUGCCAAUAUAUUUAGAACUACUGAAAUUUCAUUUUUGAAACUGAGCAUACAUUUAGAUCGGCAUGAAAAUUUCAAAAAUACUGAAUAAUGUAAAAUUAUGAUUUUAUUAAUUUGAUUACCAUGCCCCAUUUUUAAAAAGUAAAAAAAAAAAUACAUAUAAAACUUGGAUUUUGAGAAACUGACUGAAUAUCAUUUAUAACAAUACAGGCUGUGUAUUUGGACUUUUUACUUGAAAAUAGUUAAAUAUCACAAACAUAUUAAAUUCCCUUUUUCAACAGAGCGGACAAUGCCCUUGUUUUGUUUUGUUUUUGUUUUUCAUUUCCAUCAUAACUUUUUUGGCUAGUUUGUAAAUUAUGUAAUUUUGUGACUUUUAAAAAAUUAGAAACGACAAAAUUUAUAUGAUGACAGAGUUUCAUCUAGUUGAAUUUCUGCAAUACUAUCUACAACAUAUUGUCCUGAGUAUAAUCUAAAUUUCAAAGCAGUACUUUAAGUAAUUUUUAAGAUACUGUCAAAACAACAAAUGUUGGGCUAGGUGUUGUUUUUUUCAGUAUAUAGUCAACAUGGUGUAUAUUUUUUCAAGGUGGAACUCCAUUCAUUGCUGAGCUCAAAUCUGUCAGAGUAAUUUCUUAAAAUAGAUAACGUUCAAGUUUUUCUACCCUAUUUUUUUAUAUAUGUGUAACUUUUUCUAUUUUAUUUGCCUUAAUGAUUAUUUUACUUCUUUCUAAAUCGAAUCAAAUAAGUAUUAACCAAAGAAAAUGUUUGUUUUUUUAUGCUGCUUAAAGAUAACUGCUUAAUAUUAUAUUUAUAAACCGGACACAAAAUUUAAAUUUUACAAGUCUGCGCAAGUUUAUUUUUACAGUUUGAAAUGAAUACGUUUAAGAAUUUAUGAAAUAUUUUGUUAUGUAAAUCUGUUUGUUAAUUGUUAUUCUGUGUCUGUUUAUGACUUUAAGUGUAAACUUAUACUGUAUCACUGGUUUAUAAUUUUAUAUAGAAACUUGUGUGAUUUUUUGGUUGAAAAGGGUGUUUAUUACCUGUUUUUCAGUGAAUUGUCCAAUUAUUAGAGAGAAAUAUAUUUGUAUUCUAUAAAGUGGGUAAAUUUAGUCAAAACAUGAAAUAAAAAGAAAUGUUUUUCUUUUUACAUGUAAGAUCAAAAUACUUUUCACUUAAUAUGAACACCAUAUCUAACAUUUUACACUCAUGGCUAUGCCACUCGUGAAAAUAUUGCAUCUGGUGUUCACUUGUGCAAGAUAUUUCAGUCUUACUCUAAAACAAACAAAUAUCCUCUGUUAACACUUUAAAACUGAAAUCAAGCAAAUGGUAGUUCCAAAACUUCUUUUAACCAUUACCCUACA